CUUAAUCAUCUGCUCCAUGUCCUUGAAAAAUUUUAUCCAAAACAUAUAAUUAUAAUUUAAUUUAUAUUAUAAAUUUAAUUUAAAAGAAAAUUAUCUUUAUUGAUUGAAUGUGUCCUCAGUGAUACGCCAGAUAUUGGAAAACAUCAGAAACGAUACGAUUUGUAAAUGCAUCGAGAGGAAAAAAAAUCGGAAAGGCAGUAUAAAGGCAGCAAAGCGCGUGCGCUCAGUCAGCCAUUUUAAUCGCACUAGGAACAACUAGAAACUCAUGCAAUGAUCGUCCGUUCACGCUGCAAGUCCAAGAACGUUUCGGGUGAAAAUGCCCGUCCUCAUCCACCGCGAUCGCUGUGUGAGGCAUAAUUCGUCGUACAGUCUCCCCACGUGAUUCUACAAUCCGUAGAUCUCCGCGCGUGCACACAUAGACGUACGGAUAAUCUCAUUGCGGCCACAUGUGCGCCAAUGUCAGGAUUAUCGCCGUCGGUUGCCUCGCGUCAAUUUAUAUUCGCGUCGAGUGUUUUUGCCAACACUCGCGUCGUCGCAGCUCCACGACGGUAUCGACCGCGUUUAACCGCUCCGAGCUGUCGGAAUCGUUGCCGUUUUAGCAAACUGGUUCUCCCAGCUCGCGAUAUCGUUCACGACGAUGAACACGGAGACGCACCGUGGAGAGGGAUAAGAGGGUUACGACUACAUCCCUGGCGCGUUGCAUCAGCAUUAGGCCAGGUGCAGCUCGAACGUUUCCCGGCACCCAAGCCCGAAGCCUUGUAUGACGAGCGGAGAAUUCUCUUCCCGUUUCUUUCUCUCAAUAAUCUGGUUCUCGAACAAUGCGCUCUACGCGCAGGAGAGGGGGACGAUGCAUUUGUAGCAUUAACGCGAAAUCGAGUUCUCCGCGAACGGUAUCGAGAGGGGGCCUCUCCAUUUUACAUUAUGCGACGCAUACAGCGGAAAAGAACAUCCGCCGUAAUUCGCAUGAUACAUAAAAGCCAACGCGGUAAAUUCUAAACCCCCCGUGUCCCCCGUGCCGUUCAUCCAGGGGUGCGCGGCGAUUUCACGGGAUCGAUUGCGAAUCAGCGGAGGGGUCACGGUGGUGUGGCGGUCUCGCGGUAUAUAAAUUCAGCGAGACGCUCGAUAAAUUCGCGUUCACGACGGAAAGCGUUCCGCACCCUCGGGCGAAAGUCCGUCCCUGGUCGGGCCGCGAGGCUGCGCGCGCGACCCUAGCCAUCCAAGGCUAGGAGAGACCUAGCGCAACCUCGUCGGCGAGGAGAGAAAGAGAGGAAGGGGCGUGAGAAAGAGAAAGCGCUAGAAUGGGCGAAGGAACGGCGGCGAGAACGGAGAACGUCGGGAUCUGCUUGUUGGGGGACAAGAGGAGAGUCCACACACGGACGGCUGGCGAGACUGGCGAGAAGAGUCAGUCGACUAUUAGUGAUCUGUGACUCUAGAGGUGGGCCGACCACCGCCGGCAGAACCGAGCUCUACGCAGCUCGGUCGCGCUCGGUCGGCAGUCGGGGCCAGUCGGCCGCACUCCAGCGUUCUCCGUCUCCGCCGUUCUCUUCGCGCUUGUUCGCUCGUUCGCUCGCUCGCUCGCUCGUUCGUUCGUUCACUCACUCGUCCGACCAUCGUCCGUUCGCUCUCGGCGUUGCGCGCCGCGCCACUCCAUCAGUAAGUCGUACGCUGCGCAACGGGAGUGACGGUCGUCGUCACGCAUACCGUCCUCGGCUCCUCGCAAAACCUCUCUUGGUUUUUUUUUCCUUUUUUUAUUUCUUUCAUUAAAGGCGACGUAACAGUGUCCCUCGCUACCACCUCGCGCUAUGUGACGGAUAUCACGGGGCACCACAGUGUGUACCCCACCUUCCACCACGUACCGUUGUCUACCCGGACUCUACCCCACCGGUGUAUCCCCCCCCUCCCCUUCACCCUUUUUACCGAGACCUACCCCACCUUCCUCCUCUAUCUCCUCUCCCGUUGCCCCCUCUCGUCCCUACCCUUCUCCCCUAGCCGAUCCUCGUCCACCGCCCCGUUGUGGAAAAAGAGAAAGACGGACUGUCUCGUGAACGCUCGUACGACGACGACGACAACGACGACGACGAGGUGGCCACGGGUGCCUCGUGGAAAAGCGUGCCUGGAGAAAACAUGGAGUGUCCGCACCUUAGUCAGAGCGUGCGAUUUGGCGAUGACAACGUAGAUGGAUCGGGCUAUGCUGUGAAGGAUCUGCCGUUCGUCUGCGCAGUAUGCGGCACCGAGAAGAGUCCCUGGCUCUGUCUGCACUGCGGAUCCGUGCAUUGCGGACGAUACGUAGCUGGCCACGCGUUGCAGCACUACGAGACUAAUACUCAGCACUGCGUGUGCAUAGACUGUGAGAGCUUGGCAGUAUUCUGUUACACUUGCGAUGAAUACGUGGUGAACGACACCACGAAUGGCCAGAUCGAGAAGAUACGACGCGUCACCUUUCGUAAAGACGAGCACAAGGAGAACGAUGAAAGUUGGAGCACGUCACCGCCCACGACACCGCCGUCUUCGAGAACGCGGGACGACGGCGGGGAUGAUCACGACAACGAUCCGGACGCCUUGUGGAAGGCAGAGGUGGUCGUGAGGAAUUUACGACCGAGGACGGCUCGCAAGAGGUUACACUCGCUGGACGCCAGCAGCGCGGAUAAUCGGCCGGCCAAGCGUCGCAGCUCCAAAAGUACCAAAGAGAAAAAGGUUGUCGGUCUGAGAAAUCUCGGUAAUACCUGCUUCAUGAACGUGGUGCUGCAAUCCUUCAACAACAUCAGCCACUUCUGCGAGUAUCUCACGCAAAUGCCGUGUCUCGAGGGUAUCGCCUUCGACGAAUCUACGGGGCCGCCCACGCACCGCGGCCGCAUCGUAACUCCGGGUCGCGCGAAGGAGAUGUCUAUGAGCGACGCUCUCCUCGCCGAGGAACUACGAAAGGUGCUACUCGGUCUAAGUUUGGGUGGUUCCAAUGGCCAGGCGAUAUCGCCCGAGUGCCUGUUUCUAGCCAUCUGGAAGGUCGUGCCGAGAUUUCGGGGCUACCAGCAGCAGGACGCCCACGAAUUUCUCACCUACAUGCUCGACCGACUACACACCGAGCUGCUACAGCUGCUGCCCAGGCUGGGACACGAGCCUCUAGGAUUGCGCGGCAAACAGAGUAUUGUCACUGCCGUGUUUGGAGGCACUCUUCUUAGCGUGGUCCACUGUAUGAACUGUCGUACGGACUCGAAGACGCACGAGCCUUUCCAGGACCUCUCGCUGGACAUACCGGACCGAUUGCAGAGAAGCAGGACGAAGGAGCAGGAGGAAGUGUGCAGUUUGACUUACAGUCUGACGAGAUUCUUUAAGGUUGAAGAGCUGGCCGACAGCGAGCUCUACUUCUGCGACAAUUGCAUGGGCAAGCAGAGGUCUACCAAGAGGUUCUGGAUACACAGGCUGCCUAACGUGUUGUGCCUUCACAUUAAAAGAUUUAGGUGGUGCAAUUCCUAUCGCUCGAAGGUGGACACGCAGGUGGAUUUCCCGAUGGAAUCUCUCGAUAUGUCAGCGUUCACCGUGCGCGGCGUGACCGGGACGAGAUUGGGCGCUCAGAAUAGUCAUCUUUACGACUUGGCUGCUGUUAUCGUGCACCAUGGUUCUGGUGCCGGUACUGGACAUUACACUGCCUUUGCCGUGCAUGACGGCCAGUGGUUCCAUUUUAACGACAGCUCGGUACGGCCCGCAACUACCGAUGCUGUUGCUAAAUGUAAGCCUUACAUUCUGUUCUACGUGCGGAGGGAAUUUUCCAUUCCACCCCCCUUGUGACGUCGUUUCCCCGACAAGAAGCCCCGUCCCGGCAGCACGAGCCUAGAUGACGACGAAGACGACGAUGAUGAGAACGACGUGGAGCGCACGAAAAAGAACUGAACGAACGUUCCUUGUGAAUCUCGAAGCGAGCAAACGAAGCAGAAAAAUCAAGAGAUGGCUAGAUCGCGCCUCGAGUGCUUCGAGAUUGGAAGACGAAGAUUCGUCCGCUUAUCGCAUAUACUAUAUCCAUGAUUGCUCAUUGUUGCCAAAUCGUACAAUCUCGUUAGAAACGUAAUUCGCCUGUGUUCGUUAUCGCGCCUCGAUAAGCCGUUACGACGACCUUUGAGACGCAAUGAGGAUAACCGGACACAGACAUAAUUCCGCCGCCACGUUAAUCGCUCGAGCGCGUCCCUCCUCGUGCUUUAUCAGAUGAUUAAAACUGUAUAGCUCUUAAAUUAGCUCGAUGUCCGUCGAAGAAAGGUCGAUCGGUACCAAGCGUGCUGAUGUAUGUGUAUCGUAUCAGAUAUCUCGCCACAGAUUAUUUUAAUGAUUUUUCUUAUCAUGUCUUUUACUCCCGUUGGAGACACUUUUCCAUCGUGAGAAAACAAAGCUAUUUUUUUCUGUUCAAACUAUCUUGUUUUUAUCUGAUUAUAGCUGAGUUAUUAUUUCAUCAACGUAUUGAAACUAAUAAUGAAAUCUUCUAUUCUUUCUUUACUCGUUUGGUUUCUUACCUAGCUCUUCUAUUUACGUUACGCUUAUUAUUUUAUGGAAUUCCUUUAGUAGGAACUUAGACUAUUUAUUUUUUUUUACAUUUCUACAUUUUUUUCUACAUUUAAAUUUGAUCUUUUAUUUUCUUAAUAAAUAUAACAAAUAUGUCGUUGCCAUCUCGUUUACCAUCUCUAUCGAGAGAUCUCGUUUCGUGCGUGCCCGCAGAUGUUAAUUACUCGAUGGCAUAGGGGCUGGAGUUUGCAAAUCGCUAACUCGAAGAUGCGGUAACGCGGAGGGGAAGGCGAGAGAGAGAGAGAGAGAGAGAGAGAGAGAGAGAGAGAGAGAGAGAGAGAGCAUCGCAAUGUAUGAUUGACAUCGAGCACGCAUGCGUAUCGUGCCAAUGCAUGUAGAACGCAUGCGGUCGCGUGGAGGUGCGCGAUUGUAUGCGAGGCAUGUGCCGGCGGACGAAGCUUCUCUUCCUUUCUCGGCGACGACGGGAAGAGGGAGAAAGGAAGCUAAAUAGAUAGAGAGAAAGAGAGAUAGAUGAGAGAGAGAGAGAGCGCUCGAGGUGGAUCGCGGAAACGCAUUGCCUUUAGCGUCGAUUUUCUUUACGCUCUUAACACGGCGGCCGUCGACCGCCCACCCCCUUACCUUGUACCCCUUUCCCUUUCCCGCCCCCCCCUUGUCCCCCAUCCUAAUGAUCGAAUCGAUUAAAAAGUCCCUCCUCGAUAGCGGAAUAACGUGUAAUUGUCGCGUUUCUCGUGUGUAGUCCUAAAAAAGAAAAAGGUUAAGGAAAAAAAAAAGGACGCGAAAAUGACUGGUCUUCUCGGUAGAUAGCUCUUUUUCUAGGCUUAGCGCACGCGGCUCCCGCCGUUCUGACGACGCGAACAGGGCCGAUAAGCAAGUACCGUAUAGGGCCAACAGCGUUACUUCUCAAGCGACAGCCUUAUCCCUUCUACACCCUCUCCCCCCUCCCUUCCUCUCCUCCCGUUCCAACAAUCCGCAUCUUCUCCGUCCCUUCGUCGUGCAUGCAUCCAUGUAUGUACUAUACGUAUGUAUACGUAUACUAUAUGUAUGUAUACUUUUACGCGCACACAUACGUGGCAUAUGCUGUAUACUUUAUACACGUACGCGUUUAUGCAUGAAUGUAUGCAUACCCAUGUACCUCCCCUUUCCUCUCCCUCCCCCCCUCCCGCGUUCCUUUCCCGUGUCCCUUCACGAAAGGCUCUCGACGACUCUUAUGUGAUUAUUUAAAGACUUAUUUUUUCUAUAAUGAUAACGAUAAUAAUGAUAAUAAGUUAAUGCGUAGCGAAAAAACAUUUUAUUAAGGCGAUAAACUGCGAUAAUUGCGCAUCUACGGCAAAGACUCUUACUCGUGUAUAAAUAUGACGUACGGAAGUAACCCGUGUAACAAACACAACACACACAUACACACGCAACAAUUAUUAUUGAGAACAAGUGAAAUAUGUACGAACGGCGAAUAAAUAAAGAACAUGAAUCGAC